AAAGCGCCGAUGCUUAAUAAAAACGUCAAAACACAAUAGGCUUCCGCAGAAAGCUGAGGAAAAGGAAGAGAAAAGACGCACACCGAAUAAAAAAAAGACUUCAUCAUCACCAUCUCCAGCUUCUUCGUCUCAGCAAGAAACUAGUUUGAUUCAGCCAUGGCUAAUGCAGCGUCAGGAAUGGCAGUCCACGACGACUGCAAACUCAAGUUUCUGGAACUCAAGGCCAAGAGGACAUACCGUUUCAUCGUUUACAAGAUCGAGGAGCAGCAGAAGCAAGUGGUCGUUGAGAAACUCGGAGAGCCUGGUCAAUCCCAUGACGACUUUGCAGCGAGUCUUCCAGCUGAUGAAUGCCGAUACGCCAUCUUCGAUUUUGAUUUCGUCACUGCUGAGAACUGCCAAAAGAGCAAGAUCUUCUUCGUUGCAUGGUCUCCGGACACGGCAAGAGUGAGAAGCAAGAUGAUCUAUGCAAGCUCUAAGGACAGGUUCAAGAGAGAGCUAGAUGGGAUUCAAGUAGAGCUUCAAGCUACCGAUCCGACCGAGAUGGAUCUUGAUGUUUUCAAAAGCCGGGCCAAUUGAGGAACGGUUGAAUCAAACUUCUUUCAUCUAUUGUUACCGAGUGAUAUGCUUUUACUUAAGGUUUGCUGUGACGGCAACUGCCAAAAACAGCUAGAUGUUAUCAGUCUCUGUCUUUAUUUUAUUUUGGUCCUUACAGUCUUGUCUUAAAACUAUAGAGAUCUGGCUUGUGCUCUUUUACCUUUGUGUAAAACCCUUUAUCAAAGAUGAAUCCUAUAUGCACGCUUCGUCUUCGCA